UCAGACCUUCCAAUAAUAUCUGAGUGGUAAGGAAAACAAAUGGACGUCCUGUGAGGGAGUCGACGGUAGAGGUGAAAUACAUUAAUCUCCCUCGUGCUGGAGUUGUUUGGUUGAGCUGGCCAUGUUAACACCUCCAUGUUCAGACGGUGGUGCAGUGUGUUGCGGAGUUCCAGUAUAUGUGUUACUGCGACCCCACCUCCUGCUGCCUCCACUUCCUCCACUGUUGGCUACAUAAGGUGUGAAUAGCAGCGUGUCAGGGAGAGGGGGGGGGGACGGGGGUGAAGAGUAAGGAGGAGCGAGACGAGCAGCAAUACUGGGAAGGGGACGCCAGCCCUCCUCUGGGUCGGGCAGCACAAACAGCAGCAGAAUGUCUAAACCACCAUCAGACAAACUGCCCACGUUCAAACUGGUAGUGGUCGGGGAUGGUGGUGUAGGCAAGUCUGCACUCACAAUUCAGUUCUUCCAACGGCUGUUUGUGACUGACUACGACCCGACCAUCGAAGACUCGUACAUCCAGCACACCGAGGUAGACGCCCAAUGGUGUAUUCUUGAUGUUUUGGAUACUGCGGGCCAGGAGGAGUUCAGUGCCAUGCGGGAACAGUACAUGAGGAAGGGAGACGGCUUCAUGCUGGUUUACUCCGUGACGGACAAGCAGAGCUACGAAAACAUACCACACUUUUACACCCAGAUCCUACGCGUCAAAGAUCGGAGAGUCCUAGAGUCUUACCCGAUGCUGCUGGUGGCCAACAAGGUGGAUCUGGUUCACAUGCGCAAAGUGACGGAGGAGAUGGGACGGGAACUGGCCCACAGACUGAACCUUUCCUAUAUAGAGACCAGCGCCAAAGAUCCGCCCCUCAAUGUGGAUUCGGCUUUUCAUGAGGUGGUGCGCAUCAUACGUGAUUCUCCCCCAAUGGACGGACCCAAGAAGAAUAAAAAGAAGACAAAUUGCGUCAUCAUGUAAUUGUUUUUGUGUCUGGUCGUCUCCCUUCGUCGCGGCGUUCUGUCGGGCGACCUAAAGUGAAAAGGACUCAACCCAGGUCUAUUAUUUGUAACGUGAUUUAAAAGAUUUGGUCUUAUGAUUUUGUCAAGUAUUGUAGAAUUUGGACUAUUAAUUUCUUUGUGGUUUUGAACAUUUAUACAAGAACAGCACUUUAGGGAUCUGCAAAAGUAAAAUCUUUUGGGUUCAAAUUUUAACCAAGAUUCUGAUUAGUACAUUGUUACUAGGAGGCCGCACUAACACACGGCCCCCAGAGACAUGUAGAGAAUCAGUCUUGGUUAUCUAAGUUGGUCCUCACUUGUGCUCUUCCUUUAUGGUGUUAAAUUAAUUAAUAUUUUUAGUUUUUUAUGAUAGUUUUACCUGUGCUGUUGUAUAUCAUUGACACACACUUAGUUCUGGUGCUUUUAAGUUGCAUGUCAUCAGUUAGUAUGUAUUUAUACUUAGUACAGUAAUGUAGUAAGUUCUGUGCACUUUUAUUAUCUCAUUUUUGUUGAUAAUAAACCUACAGACUUAUUUUAUUAUGUGAUUUAUGGUUCUUGUGGGAGUUUUCCUGAAUUUUGUAGUACACGAGACGUUCCUUAUUUCUAUUAUGUUACGAGAGAAUAUUUUGUUGUACACAAAGUUUGAAAUGUCAUACAUAGCUUUAACGAAUAUUUUUACCUGUCAUCUUUCAUGUUAUACCAAAGAUAUAGGGCAUGUGUGCUAAAAGUACCGUCCUUUGGGUUUAGUAUGUUUAUUGUGGGCAGAGUUCCCUGGGCUCAGACGUCACGACACUACGGUACUAUAAAUUGAUGUUGGAACUCUUAGAAAAUUUUUACUCUUGCCACUACCAAAUUUUUCUCUCAAUCCAUAUGUACCCGUUUGGUCUGGUCCUGUGAGAGUUGCCACGGACGUGUUGGUGAUAUGUUGUAACACUGGAGCAGCUCACUACACACACACACACACACAC